AUGACUAGUGAAACUAGGAAACAGCGUUCCAAGUGGGACACGAAAGAAGGAUCUCAUGAAGUAGUUGAGAUCAGUGAAGAUGAGUCUCCUGAUAAGACAGUUGUUCACCGUAAAGGUGGCGAUUUACACACAAAACCUGACACAUCCAUGCACCACGGAGGUGCUGGACAUGAGAAGGAACAGGCUGAUGGGUUCAAUAAAGAUAUGAAGGAAAUACAACCUAAGGCAUCCUCUGAAAGAUCACAGCCUCUUAGAAUGGCUGAUGAGCGUGAUAAUAAUGAGUGGAGCAAGGCAGCUGGUAACCAAGGCAUGAACAGAUAUGCAGAUGACAGAAGACGUGGUGAUGGAUGGGGUACAGCUCCUAGUCAUGGUUAUUCUUCUACUAGGGCACCUUCUGAUCCAGAUGCAUGGAGGCAGCGCAGCCGAAGUCCAUCUCCAAGAGGGGUUUGGAACAGAUCACGCAGGAACAGGAGUCGUUCCAGAAGCAGAAGCAGAAGCAGAAACAGAAGUAGGAGCAGAAGCAGGAGUAUAGGGCGAGGCAGAGGCAGGAGCAGAAGUCCAUAUUUUGCUGACCGUGGAUCUGAGUGGAGGGUUGAGAGAGGCAGAACAUCUGGAGGACCUGUUCGGCCCUGUAGGGAUUUUGUGUCUGGUAGGUGCAGAAGAGGCUCAAAUUGCAGGUUCCUUCAUGAAGAUGGUGGGCACAGGCCAUUUGAAGGUCAUUAUCCUGCCGACCCAAGGGCUGGGUAUCAGAGCAAGGAGUUUAUGGAUACAAGAGAACCAAAUGACUAUCUGCGGAGUAGGCAAUCUCGAGAUCGUUAUGAUGAUGGGCCUUGGGAAAGAUCUGAACCUCGAAGGGAUUAUCGGUAUCCUGCACCAUGCAUUAAUUUUGCCAAAGGGAAAUGCAUCAGAGGUGCUAGUUGCCUAUUUGCGCAUGGUGAUUCUGCUUCUCAUGGUAGAUGGAGAGAUGAGGCUAGGGAAAGUGCCCAUGAUAGAGUUGGCCCUGAUUCAUCCUAUGGGAAUAGGACUGAGCACCGUAGGGUAAAUAAAAACCCUUGUAAGUUUUUUGCUGAAGGUCGUUGUCGCCGUGGUGAAAAUUGUCCAUAUCUCCAUGAGGAAGCUCCCCAGAGUCAGAUAGGAGUGAGUGCACCUGAUGAGGCUUUGAAUUACAGUGAUGGGCAUGCAGCAAGAGGAAACUAUUCAAACUGGGGUGAACAAAAUAAUGCUGUGCGUGCAACCUCUCAGAUUUUAUCCAGGGAUGACAGGGAAAAUCCUAUUUCUCAGAGUAUUGGCAGAAAUGAUUCUCGCAAUGAUUAUGAAAACCGGCAUUCAAAAGAUGCUGGAAAGAACCAGUACCAAAUUAUUCCUCAGGAAGAUUUUGGUUCACAAGGGCAAAAGAAACAUGAAGUUGCUAUUUCACAACAGCCACAGUUAUUGACUCCUGUCCAGACUACUGUGCAUAGCAUGCAUAAUGAGAAGGCAUCUGAAAUGGGCAGUCAGAAUGCUCCUUCAAGCAUUGGAGAUUUGAGCAUGCAAUCAGGGGUGCAUAGUGCUAAUAUUAUAGCAGAGCAAAACCUGGGUCAAAUACUUCAGAGGCAUGAUGCAAUUCCUCAUAUUCCUGGGCAACCAACUCUUCCGGUCACCACACAAUUGCAGAAUGUUACAUCUUCAUUCCCUUCAAAUAGCCACGUGCAACAAAAUAACUUUCCUGUUCAUCAAAACAGGCAAGAGCAGUUUGUAGUUCCACAGGCAUCUGCAAAUAACUCAACUCCCAGCAUGCAGGGCCAGCCAGUUGCUUCUCAUAUGGGGCACGGCCAACAUGGCGGCUAUGGUCUAGAGCCACAGGCGUUGCCAAAUCUCUCCGCACAUAAUGGGCAUAAUUUCAAUGUUGCCAGCCAAGUUCCACCAAAUAUUCCAACAGCUGUGCAUGCUGGGCAGACUCAGGCGACAAUUGACAUGCCAAGGUUGGGUCAAGACAGUGGUCCUCAAAGCAUACACAACGUGGAGAUCCAGCCAAUGUCUCCACAUGUGCAAAGUCAAUCCUUGCAGGGGUUACCCGUUGUGCCAACUUCCAGUUCACCUGAUAUGACUGGAGUUCCUGUUUCUCACAAUGCUGUGAAAAGCGAAGAAGUUAGCCGAGUUACUGCAUCCUUGGCACAAUACUUUGGAAAUACCACUUUUGGUGCUGGCACCGUUGGAUUACAAUCAUCGCAGCCUAAUAUGAAUGCAAGCCUGAUGGCCACUUCAUCUGCUGUACCACCAGCUGUACAACCCAAUCAGUGGCACUGGGCGCAGCAACAAACAGGCAUAGUCCAACCUGGUCUCCCCGUUCCACCUCAACAGCAGCAGCAGCAGGCUCCCCAGAGCUUCCAGACACCAAUCGCCGUAGGUAGCAGUAAUGGCAACUCUAUGCUGUUACCUAAUGCAGGUGCACCGGUUGGUCCCGCUGCGGCUGCUUUGGUGGUGAAGGAAACCGUGCCUCCAGAAAGCAAGAAAGGAGAGAAGAAAAAUAGUGACGCAGAGGCACAUGAAGAUGGUGAUAAUAAUAAUAAGAGCAAGGACUCUAAGCAACUGAAGAUGUUCAAGGUUGCACUUGCAGACUUUGUGAAGGAAGCCCUGAAGCCAACGUGGAAAGAUGGCCAGAUGAGCAGGGAGGUCCAUAAAACCAUCGUGAAGAAGGUUGUCGACAAAGUUACAAGCACUGUAGAAAAUACCCCUCCGACCAAAGAGAAGAUUGACAUCUACAUGACCUACUCCAAGGAGAAACUAAAUAAACUUGUGCAGGCUUAUGUUGGCAAGUAUGCCAAGUCGUAA